CAGGGCUUCCUAAAAUUGUAAGAAGAAUCUCAGUUAUACAGUAGAACAAAUAAAGUUAUCUUGAAGCCUAAGUUUUCUGGUCAAAUGAAAAAGUGCAAAAUGACACUGACAACUUUGUUGCUCUGUCCGUUCCAAAAGAAGUUUUGUUUUAGCACAAAAAAAAAUUAUAUUUAUAUUUGAAAUUUCACGUUAGAUAAUAAUAAUUUAAAAAAACUUUAUAUACACAAUCACAUCGAUCGUCUCACGGUAACUAUAUAUACACAAUCACAUCGUUUUGCUUCAUACUCACGGUAAUUAUACGGUAACUAUAUAUACACAAUCACAUCGUUUUGCUUCAUACUCACGGUAACUAUAUAUACACAAUCACAUCGAUCGUCUCACUUCAUCGCUUCGGUUAGGCUACAAUGGAACGAAAAACUAUUGACCUAGAUCAAGGCUGGGCCCAUAUGCAGAGCGGGAUUGCUAAGUUGAAGAGAAUUCUCGAAGGAUUACCAGAACCUCAGUUCAGUUCCGAGGAGUACAUGAUGAUGUACACAACCAUUUAUAACUUGUGUACUCAGAAGCCACCAUCUGACUAUUCACAACAGAUAUAUGACAAAUAUAAGGGUUGUUUUGAUGAAUACAUUAGAACUAAGGUUUUGUCUGCUGUAAGAGAUAAGCAUGAUGAAUUCAUGCUGAGGGAGCUUGUCCAGAGGUGGUCAAACCACAAGAUUUUUGUUAGGUGGCUUUCACGCUUCUUCCAUUAUCUGGACCGGUACUAUGUUCCACGAGCCUCCGUUCCUCCGCUCAAUGCAGUUGGGCUUUCGGCCUUCCGUGAUUUGGUUUAUACGGAGGUGCGGGCUAAUGCUAGGAAAGCUGUGAUUGAUCUUAUCUACAAAGAGCGCGAGGGCGAACAAAUUGAUGGAUCAUUGUUGAAAAAUGUUCUUGACAUAUUUGUUGCGAUUGGUAUGGGUGAAAUAGUGCAAUAUGAAGAGGAUUUUGAGGUGCAGAUGCUUGAGGAUACAGCCAAUUACUACAAAAGUAAGGCUACAAUCUGGAUCGAGUCUGACUCCUGCCCAGAUUACAUGAUAAAGGCCGAGGAUUGCUUGAAACGAGAGAGAGAAAGAGUGUCUCAUUACUUGCAUGCUAGCACUGAGCAGAAACUGGUGGAAACGGUGCAACAUGAGUUGCUAGUAAACCGUGCAAGUCAACUACUCGAGAAGGAGCACUCAGGAUGCCGUGCCUUGCUUAGAGAUGAUAAGGUGGAUGAUCUCUCUAGGAUGUAUAGACUCUACCAUAAAAUACCUAAAGGGCUGGAUCCUGUUGCCAAUGUAUUCAAGCAGCAUAUUACUGAUGAGGGUACAGCUUUGGUUCAACUGGCAGAAGAAAGUGCUAGCAAUCAGAAGACUGCAGGUGGUUCUGGCUCUCAGGAUCAAGUCCUUGUCAGAAAAUUCAUAGAGCUCCAUGACAAGUAUAUGACAUACGUUAAUAACUGCUUUAUGAAUCACACACUGUUCCACAAGGCAUUAAAGGAUGCAUUUGAGGUAUUCUGCAACAAAACUGUUGCUGGUAGUUCAAGUGCAGAACUAUUAUCUUCAUUCUGUGAUAAUAUCCUUAAAAAGGGUGGAAGUGAGAAGAUGAGUGAUGAAGCCAUUGAAGACACACUUGAGAAGGUAGUCAAGCUGCUUGCAUAUAUCAAUGACAAGGAUCUCUUUGCAGAAUUUUACAGGAAGAAGCUUGGCCGAAGAUUACUUUUUGACAGGAGUGGGAAUGAUGACCAUGAGAAGUGUAUUUUGACCAGGUUAAAGCAGCAAUGUGGUGGCCAGUUCACAUCGAAAAUGGAGGGAAUGGUAGUAGACUUGACAUUGGCUAGGGACAAUCAGUUGAAAUUUCAGGAAUAUCUUAAUGAGAACUCAUAUGUAAAUCCUGGAAUUGACUUGACAGUCACUGUUCUUACCACUGGAUUUUGGCCAAGUUAUAAGUCCGGUGAUCUCAACCUCCCUUCAGAGAUGGUCAAGUGCGUCGAAGUUUUUAAGGGAUUUUAUGAAACAAUGACAAAGCAUUGAAAACUCACAUGGAUUUACUCACUGGGAUCUUGCAACAUCAUUGGCAAGUUUAAUCCAAAAACCAUUGAGUUAAUUGUCUCAACCUAUCAGGCUGCUGCCCUGUUACUAUUCAACAAUGCGAAUAAGUUAAGUUAUUCAGAGAUUAUGACUCAGCUGAAUUUGAAUAAUGAGGAUCUAGUUAGGUUGCUUCAUUCACUUUCCUGCGCAAAAUACAAGAUCCUUCUUAAGGAGCCUAACACUAAAACAAUAUCCCCAAAAGACAGCUUUGAGUUCAAUUCCAAAUUUACUGAUAAAAUGAGAAGGAUAAAGAUCCCUCUACCACCCGUUGAUGAAAGGAAGAAGGUUAUUGAAGAUGUACACACAGACUGGCGAAUUGCUAUUGAUGCAGCUAUUGUGCGCAUUAUGAAGAGUAGGAAAGUUUUGGGUCAUCAACAAUUAGUUUCGGAGUGCGUUGAGCAGUUGGGACGCAUGUUCAAGCCUGAUAUCAAAGCAAUCAAGAAGCGGAUUGAAGAUCUCAUCACUCGGGACUACUUGGAGAGGGACAAAGAUAACCCCAACACCUUCAAGUAUCUGGCUUAGGGGAAGGUACUAAUGUACAACAUGGUGCGGGUUGAGAAAGCUACUUAGAUAACUGAAUUGAUUCUUACGUAAAUGGAUGUAGUCGGUUGCUUAAACCAGUGAUUGGAGAAUUAGUACUUGCUUAAUCCUUAUUCUUGUGUAUCAGACCAUGACUAGUGUUGAUGAUUUGCUUAUUAUUAUUUACUUGAAUGAUUGAUUUUUUUUUUUAAAGUAAAA